ACACGCACACUCUCCCGGGCACCCAACCUCGCCGCGCCCGCCUCGCGGCCUCCCUUUGGAAGAGUCGAGUGACUGCGUCUCGCUCAUAGAGACGCUCUGGGUUUGGGUGUUGAACCGCCGCCGCCUCCAUCCUACUUUUCCCGGGUCCACUUCCCUCUAGUUCCGGACCUGGGCCCUUCUCUGCCGGUCCCUGCCCCAGCCGGCCGUUCCGAAGACCCCUCGGCGGCGGCAGCGGCGGCGCGCAGGGGUGGACUUCCUGGCCCAUUUCCUCGCCCAGGGGGCCUGGCUUGGCAUCUGGCCCCCCGCGUGGCCGGCUGGGCGAAGUGGGCAGCCCUCCACCCUCUCCAGCCUCAGUUUCUACAUCAUUACAACUGGGGCACCCAGAUGGCGGGAGGGCCUGGCACGAGGUGACAGUGGGGAACAGCGCUGCAUCUCCUCCUACCCACCUAGUUCUUUUUCUACCGUUUAGGUUUUUUUUACUUUUCAACGCUCCACAAGAUCGUCACUAUUGCUCACUCAAAAGAACAAAAGCCCCAAAUGGCAUAGCUAUCGUUGUUUUUCAUUCCCCACCCCCAGGAGCUCCAGGAGAGACUUCAUCUAACACCCUGAUACCAGUUCGGACCCAGGCUUCCCUCUUUUUGCCCUUCCUCCUCUCCCUGAAAGAGGCGCACAGUCAUAUUCUCUUUUGGGGAGUGGUAGAAGAGGCUGUGGCUCCUACUUAUGACGUGGAGGUCUUAGGCAGAUCCUAGGGACUGGAGUGCAAAGGGAUCCCAGGAAGAGAGCGCCCGCCCCCUCAAGGAAAAUAGGCCAUUCCAGGAGCUGAUGAAUGUGACCUGCAAGUCCUUUCCUGCCACACAGCCCCUAUGGGUUGUGAUCACUAACAAUUACUGUGGUAAAGGAACCUCAUCUGAACAUCCCUCAGAUCAGGCUGGUGAGGAACUGGCACGCGGUUGUGUAGUGCCUGGAAUCACCAGCACCUACAGACGGAUCCCGGACACCGCUCAAGGGUGCUCACUGGACUCCUGGAAGAGGGAUGGCAAGCUGAGAGGUUUCCGGAGGCAGGUGCGGCUUCUCAAACUGGCCUCCCAGGACUCAGGAGUGGAGAUGGCUGUUGGAGACAGCUCUCCGGCCACCUCACCGGGCCCUUCUCAGGAGCCUCUGGACUUUGAGCCUGUGGUGAGCCCUGAGCCCCUGGCCCUGCCCAUGGAGCCUCCUGCCCACCUAGGCCGCCUCCUGGCCAGCAGUAAGCUGGAGCAGGUGUUGGAGAGGUCCCGCCAGCUCCCGACUUCCCCUGCCUGCUUGUCACAACAUCACCGCUCCCUAAGGCCGCCAAGCAAGCCUGGGUGUGAAAUGCCCCUUUUCGGAGCAGGGGACCAGGAGGCCAUGAAGGCAGGGUCUCCCCUACCUGGUUCUGUCCCACAGGUGGGGGGCUUGGAGCCUGAAGCCUGGGCCUGCCUCCCAGGGCAGGGUCUUCGCUACCUGGAACAUCUGUGCCUGGUGUUGGAGCAGAUGGCGAGGCUGCAGCAGCUCCACCUGCAGCUGCAGACCCAGAGGCCUCUGGGAGACCCUGUAGAGGAAGAGGAGGAGGAGAAGUUGGAGUCGGAGUUGGAGUCGGCCCUGGCGCCUUCACAUCCAUCCUCCCAUGCCCCAGGCAGUGAGGUGCACAGGCCAUGGGAACUGCUCAGCCAGACAGAGGAGACAGGGGCAAAAGGAGCUUCACUCCCAAAGGUGGGCUUGCCCAGUGCCAACCCUCCCAGGCUCUCAGAGGCCCCAGCAGAGCCAGCUCACGCCUUUCGAUCCUCCCAGGGUCACAAGCGGGAUCUCUCCCACUGGAACAAGGUCAAGAUCCUGCUCAACCGGAUCCGCUGGAAGAGCCCUCGACACCCUGAGCCCCCUGCCCCUCCUGAUGGCCCUGCCCCCAGGAUUGAGUCGAGGGACCUCCCUGAAAGAUCUCCAUGUCGCCCCCUCCAGAAGACCUUUAUGCCAUCAUUAGUGGUGAAGAAGCAACGAGCAAAAAACCUGUCUGUCUGCUGAGACCUCCUGGUACAGGGACGUGACCCUGGGUGGAGGGGUGUGCAGUGAAGUCUUCUUCCUCACCCUUUGCCUUGUUGCUGUUUCUGGGCACUGCCAGGAAAAGCUGCCAACACUUGCUCUUCUCUCUGAGGCGAGGGCUGAGUCUUUCUCCUUUGAGCAGGCUGGCAGCAGAGCCCUGGUGUCCUGAGAAGCUCCAAAGUAUGGCAGCUCCCGGGCACCCACCUGGCAGCCAGAAAUUCCUGGGCUUACACAAUGUGAACUAACUUAUUUAUCAAGCAUCCGUGGAGCGUGUUUGGCAUGGUGAUCUGCUGGGGCUCGGCAUGUUGCCGAUGUGAAUAUGUACAAAAUGAUAUAUAUAUAUUUCUGUGAGACUGUCGCUGUUGUGAACUAGCUGUAUCCAACCAUUUCUCCUGAAUCACAUACUCAGAGGGUUGGUCUUCUGGAUGAGGUAAUUGCAGAAGAAUGGAACUGACCUUCAUUCCUCAGAGGACAGUUGCUGAUCUGGAGUCCUGCUUUCCUCCUUGUACCUACACCGGUAGCCCCAGGACAGAGAAAGGGCACCAUCUUGGCCACUUCUGCUUUGAAUCAUCCCUUGGAGCAGAGCCUCUGAAGACUGCACAAGGAAUGGAAGAGUUAGGGAAAACUUGGGGAAUAGUGGAGUAACCUUCAAGGUCUUUUCUUAGCUGCUUGCGCCCUACUAGCCUUUACAUGUCAGAGGUGAAACCAGAGGCCCAAACUAGCUUUUAGACAUUGACAAAAUCCCUUAACUUGUCUGAGCCAUACCUUCCCACUUAAUUUCCAAAUGGUAUAAUGAUGCCUGCCUUACCUACCUCACAGGCUUGUUAAAAUAGAUAAAAUGAGAUUAAACUGUCUCAAAGUG